CGGAUUGGUGGGGGUGGGCGGUUCCGCAGGUAUCUCAUGCUCAUAGAAGAGCAGGGCAGAGAGUAGGUGAUCAAUCUUCAUCAGUCUACAUUAGCAAUCACCUUAACCACUACGCAAGACAGCCGCCAAACAAGAAUUGUACACAGUGGAUAUUUUGAGUGAAGAUACGGGGUUUAUUUCGAGUGGACCUGUUAAGAACACUGGAAAAAAGUUUACUUGAAGAAACUCCCUGACGGAAUUUUAAUACCGAAGGAAAAUUGGAAGAAAUUGGGGUGGGGAAAAAAACAAAUCAAAUAAAAACAGCAGCGUUGGUGGAAACGCUUUUUAAAAAAAAGCUUUUAGCAUGAUGUCAUACCUCAAACAGCCUCCUUACGGAAUGAACGGACUGGGGAUAAGCGGUGCCAUGGACCUACUGCAUCCUUCUGUCGGAUACCCUGCGACUCCAAGGAAACAACGGCGGGAGAGGACAACUUUCACACGCUCGCAGCUAGACAUUCUGGAAGCGCUUUUUGCCAAAACACGAUACCCGGACAUAUUCAUGAGAGAGGAAGUCGCUUUAAAAAUAAAUUUGCCUGAAUCCAGAGUUCAGGUUUGGUUUAAAAACCGUCGUGCAAAAUGCCGCCAGCAGCAACAGAGUGGAAACGGAGCCAAGGCAAGGCCAGCCAAGAAAAAAUCGUCCCCGACCAGAGAGAGCACUGGCUCAGACAGCAGCGGUCAGUUCACCCCUCCAACUGUGUCCAGCUCGGGGUCGUCCUCCUCUGCCAGCUCCACCUCCAGUAAUACUGGGAUCAGUGGCACCUCUACCUCCAUCAGCAACCCUGUGUCAUCCAUCUGGAGCCCAGCUUCCAUCUCCCCUGGUUCAGCACCACCUGUUGCUAUCCCAGAGUCUCUUCCUCCCACCAGCGCCUCCUGCAUGCAGCGGUCAGUCUCCAGUGCGUCCACAGCCUCCUACCCCUUGACCUACAGCCAGGCCACUGGUUACAGUCAAGGCUACCCAGCCCCUUCCAGUUCCUACUUCAGUGAUUGCAGCUCCUACCUGACUCCCAUGCACUCACACCACCAUCCCCACCAACUGAGCCCCAUGGCACCUUCAUCCAUGUCUGGACAUCCCCACCAUCACUUGAGCCAGUCCUCAGGCCACCAUCACCACCACCACCACCAUCAGGGUUACACAGGAGCUGGAUUAGCUUUCAACUCCUCGGAUUGCCUGGAUUACAAAGACCAGUCGUCUUGGAAACUCAACUUCAACACAACAGACUGCUUGGACUACAAAGAUCAGGCAGCCUGGAGGUUUCAAGUCUUGUGAAAAAACAAAACAACAAAAUUAUUUUAAUUUUUUUUUUCCAAUACGUCUUUAUGAACUUAACAUUUAUCUAAUAGAGUUAGACACAUACAAAAGUUUUCAUCGCUUGAAAAAUGAACCAAAACUCUUCUUGUGGACAGAAGUUUCCCCCACCAUUAACCACCAAAUAUUUUUCCACUCUCUCUUUAUGAAAUUAAGAUUUUUUUAAACUCUUUGUGGACAACACAGAAUACCAGACUCAAGUUUUAACAAAAAGAAAGGUGUUUUUUUUUUUUUUUUUUUUUAAGUUUUAUUCAAAAUUUAAGACAUGCAGAUUAUUUCCCAGACCUGCUUUGACUCGCCCUUGCUACAGGGUGCAGGGGAGAUUUCACCACAAGAAACUUUUUAAAGUGUGAUUGAUUUCUAAAUCAAUACAAAUUGUGUAAAGAUUAAUUUUCACUGUUAUUUUAGGAUGAAAAAAUAGUCGGCUGCAUAAAGGAGCUGGGAAUUUGUAAAUAUAUAAUUGGGUCAGUUACAGUGACCACAUUUUAGUUUGUUCCAGGAUUUAAUUUUUACACAAACCCACAUAGAAUGUUGUCCUUCCCAGACUGUCCAAAAAAAAAUGUAAAUUUCCUGUAGAAUUUCAGAAUUAUUGUCAAGAUCAACUUAAUAGUUAAAUAUGAAAAUAAAAUGUGUUUGAAUUUCUAUUUUACCCCCCCCCCCCCCCCCCCCAAAAAAAAAAAGCAAAACACGAAUGGAAAUAUUGGAUAUAGUCAAGUUGCUGUUGCAUUUCAGGUCGGACCUAAUAUUCUUAGUAAACGUUAGAGCAUUGUCUAUAGUGAUGUAUGUUGCAACCUCAUUUAAAUAAAAAAUAGCGGCACUUGCA